AUGGUGCUUAGGAUAGCGACACUCACUGACGAUGCCGACUACGAUGCUGGCGAAACGUUUGGGAAUGUUCCAAGUCCACGGUUCAAUUUUGGAAAUGAACAUGCAGACAAUGGACCCCGGACUAGAACCUCCUUUCGGUCCAAAAAAUCGAACAACCUGAUCGAGGUCUGCAGCGGCUUGUCUGAGGACUCUGUUCGGGUGGAGCUUACGUCGUCUGCUGCCCUCUUGGCCUCAUCGCUACAUCUCUCACGGAAGUCCUCCGCUAGUCUAGCGGCCUGUCUUACGGCUCUUGUGAAGACGAGAAUGGGCGUCAGUAGUUCUCCGCAAUUGACUGUACCACCGAAAUCCCAAAGCCAACGCGAGUCAACAUCGGAUUGUGAUAAUUAUGGCGAUGUCACCGCUUUAUUCCGCUACACGAUCACGGGUGUCAGUGGGUUAAAGUACAAGUUUGACAUUUCAGACAAACCAGGUUCACAAAUAUCAUUUUCAUAA